GCCAUUUCGCCAUUAGCAGCGAGACUGAAACGAAAGAAACACAAAGCGGAAACACCCAUCUGAUUUGCUCGGGAUUUAGCAUUCUCCGCCCCAAAAUCGAAGGCUUUUGAAGAACCCUUUUCACAAUGUCCACCGGAUUGGUGUCCCAGGUGAAGGAAGUGAGCCAAUCAGCGAUUGCCACGCUUCGGCCAUGGGGGGAGCUCCUGGAGCCGACCGCACUCAGCCUCCCCUCCAAUCUCUCUGAGGUCACGACCCGACUGGCCCAGAACUUGACUCAUUUCCGCUCUAACUACACCUUGGUCCUCUUGAUCGUGCUCUUCCUCAGCCUCAUAUACCACCCGGUCUCCAUCAUCGUCUUCUUGAUCAUCUUUGCCGCGUGGCUCGUUCUCUACUUCUCACGUGACCAGCCCCUCGAGGUCUUUGGCUUUACUGUCGGAGACCGGGUUGUUAUGGUUAUUCUUGGGUUGGUUACGGUGUUGGCUCUGGUCUUGACCCAUGUGUGGCUCAACGUCGUCGUUUCAGUGGUGAUUGGGGUGGCUUUGGUUUCCUUGCACGCGGUGUUUAGGGGCACGGAGGACCUUGUUAUGGAUGACCAAGAAUCGCCUUAUGGCGCUCUGCUCUCGGAUGAUCAAGACCCAAGUGGGAAUUAUACCAUUAUGUGACUGUUUCCAUGGUGUUCUCGAGCUUUUAUGAGACAGUAGCAUUUCUUCGUUCUUCAGUCAGGUACCUAGAUUACAGCCUCCCGGGGGGUAUGCCUCUAACCAACACAUCCACUUCGCUCCAAGCUCCAUUGUAAUUGUUGUUCAGCUUUUCUUCUUGGUUCAAAUAAUGUUUUUUAGUGCUUUUAACAGAGAAACUUGUAUAUACCAUUGUUUUCUCGUGGUAAAUGUGGAGCAAACGGGGAAAUGGGUAAGAAAUGGGUCACUGUGUCAGUUCAUGCCGUUUUGGAAUACAUUGGAACCUUGCAAAUUGUAAAACUGCAGUUUUUGUAGUAAUCAUGCAUGCAGUGCUAAUUCAUUUUCAUCA